GAAUAUUGAUUAAUCAUUUACCAGAGUUUUGGUGACUACAGGCGUUUUUAAUUUUUUUCUUCAGUCCAUUGUCAACUCAAACAAAAAUAAUGAUAAUUAAGUUAACAGCGCAUAUUUUUGUUAUGUCUUAUCUGAUUCAUGUAUUUUAUGUUAAAGCAAGUGAGAGUGAUGAAAGCAUAAUAUCCAAUAAUAUUAUAGACGUUAGAGUAACGGAGGUUACAGCACAGGAUUCACGCAGUGCCGAGGAAAUUUCAGAUAUCAAAGAAAAGGACAGUAAUCAAGAUGGAGUAAAGAAGAAGAGGGAGGUAGAACUACAGAGUUCACGUACUAAGCAAAAGUUGAAGUAUUACUUUUCAGUCUCUAUCCAAAAGCGUGGUGCCCAUUAUGCCACUGGAGCAAUAGUUGAUACUAAUUGGAUAUUAAGCGUCGCAGAACUUUUCUAUAACGUUCGCGAGUCAAUCAAUCUGUAUAACGCGCGUGUGGGAUCGUUCAAUUGCAAGAAAGGUGGGGUAGUGGUGCCCCUGAAAGGAAUAGAGAUCCAUCCCAAGUACAAGUACGGGCUACCCAACUUCGACCUCGCCUUACUCAGGAUUCCUAAGAUAGACACCGAUAUUGCGAACUACGUCCACCCAAUACAGCUAGCUACUUUUGAUGAAAACCAGAUACCGUCGAAAAAGUUUUGGAGCACCUACUGGCCGAGGUUGAUUGUCAGAGGAAAAAUUCUUUCGCUGAGCGCAACAGAGCGCCACAAGCACAGCACCAUGCGAGUUUCUCCACAACAGCUGAUACCGAGGAGUGACUGCAGGGAGCUGCUAAAGUCGUCGACAACCUUACAUAACUCCAGCAUGUGCUUGGCGCCUAUUGCGUCGUAUCAUAGUGGGUGCAUGCCGGACGCCGGCGCUCCCAUAGUGACUCACAAGUACCUGUGGGCCAUCACAUCGGGCUGGACGUCACCAGACUGUCCCGACAACAACAGUCCCACCAUCGCCACCAAAGUGUCGUCAAAGUUCGUGCUUCCCUGGUUGAAGUUGGUCCUGAAUAUCUCUACGAGCUUAGAAGAGGAUAUGAAUUGAUGCGUGGCGAAAAAAAACAAAGUUAUAUCAAGUUUACUGUUUGUUUUAUUUUUUAAGUCGCAUUGUUAAUUUUUCAUUGAAUAAACCGUAUAAAAUUUA